AUGGCCCUAUACUACGAACGAGUUUCUGGUACAAUAUCGCCAGAGUUUAGUAAACUUCAAAAGCUUCAAGUUUUGGAUCUUUCUGACAACUAUCUUUCGGGAUUACUUCCUUAUGACUUAGGAUUCUUAAAGAGGUUGAAAACUUUAGAUAUAUCAAAUAAUCAAUUACAUGGAAGUAUUCCACAUAAGUUGGGGACGAAUGGGUUAUUGACAUACCUAGAUGUUUCUUCAAAUAAGCUUAGUGGUCCAAUCCCUGAGAGAUUAGGGAGUUGUGAGUUACUUGAUUUUCUAAAUUUGACAGAUAAUCAACUCACGGGUCAGUUACCUGUCAACAUUGAAAAGCUUACGAAUCUUCGUUAUUUGUUGGUUGCCAACAAUAACUUGAUUGGAAAAAUCACACCACAGAUUACCGGAUACAAUGUCACGAAUUUUAAAAACUCUUCUAUCUGCGACUUGGUUAAUCUUCUAAUCCUUGAUUUAUCUUAUAACAAGUUUAAUGGAGAAGUUCCUCAUUGCUUGGGCAAUACUAGUACUCAAUUAUUAGCUGUAUUGAAUCUCCAAUCAAAUAAUUUCAAGGGCAUCAUUCCAUCAACAUUUUCUACUCGUGAUUUCUUGGAAUAUGUAGUUUUCGGUGACAAUCAGUUAGAAGGAGCUAUACCUAGGUCUUUAUCUAAAUGUAGAAACCUAAAAGUCCUAAAUUUGAGGAACAACAAAUUCAAAGAUCUAUUUCCAUACUGGUUAAAUAGCCUUCCAUCUUUAGAGGUUCUCAGCCUACCGUUUAAUAAAAUUCAUGAUGAUAUAACCAACAAUUUAACAAUGAUUACAACAUUUCCUUUUUCAAAUCUACAAAUUCUCGAGCUUUCAAACAAUAAUUUUUGUAGUAAAUUGCCAUUCAUGUACAUGAAUCAAUUUCUAUCCAUCAUGGAUAUCGACAUGUCUACUAUAGGAAGUCCAAGGUACUUAGAAGGCGGUGGUUAUAUGUUCUCCAUUAAGAUGAUAGUAAAGGGGGUGAAACUGGAUAAUAAGAAGAUAAUUACUUCUAUGUCAACAUUUGAUAUGUCUAAUAAUCACUUUGAAGGAGAGAUUCCAAAUUCUAUAGGGAUGCUGCAAGCACUACGAAAUCUUAAUCUCUCGCAUAACCUACUUACCGGAAGCAUCCCUCCAUCCUUCGGGAACUUAUCACUGUUGGAUGGUUUAGACCUAUCAUCAAAUAGGCUUAUCGUUGAAAUCCCUCAAGAACUUGUUAGUUUAACAUUUCUCGAGAUUUUUAAUGUUUCAUAUAAUCAACUGGAAGGGCCUAUACCCCAUGGUAACAAUUUUGAUACCUUCUCAUCUGAAUCGUACAAGGAAAAUCUUGAAUUGUGUGGAGUACCAUUACUUGAAUGCAAAAACAAUAUUGUUGUGCAAUCUUUGAACAAUGAUAAUGUUGAAGAAAAAACAGAAUUAUCGAUGUGGGAAGUUGUAGUGAUUGGAUUUGGAAGUGGUACAAUAGUUGGUUUGGCUUGGGGAUACAACAUAUUGUCAGUGUGGAAGCCUUUUUGGAUUUUUAAAUUGUUGAAUAAGAUGGAAUGGGCUUUACUUGAUUUUCAUGACCACCAUUUCAGUAGAAGAAGCAGAACAAGAAAAACAAAGAACUAA